AACAAGAGUCAACUGACUAAGCUAAGCGUACGCGUCAGCUACCGGUUUGAAAAGGACAAACCGCAUUUGGUUUUCGUUUCAUUGGCCGGUUAGGUGAUAAUGACGUCACCAUCUUUUUCUAUUUAUAUCCCUUCUGCAACCGACUCUGUUUCUACGCGUUCUCUCUGCCUCUCUCUCUCUCUUUGCUGUCAUCUACUCUCUCUCUCUCUAGCGAUCACGAUUCAAACUUUAAUUUUUGGAAAUUUACCUGUAAGAAGAUUUGAAGAAACUUAAAUGGGUCUCUGCGUAUCUGUUGGUCGAAGCGAGUGCGAUUCUUCGCCGACGGCGAAAAUUGUGACGGUUAACGGCGAUCUCCGGGAAUACAAUGUGCCGGUGUUAGCGUAUCAGGUUCUAGAAGCAGAAUCAAUGGCUUCUUCUUCUUCCUCGUCUUCGUCUCGGCCUUCUUCUUAUUUUCUAUGUAAUUCCGAUUCUCUCUACUACGACGAUUUCAUCCCGGCGAUCGAAUCGGAGGAGAUCCUUCAGGCGGGUCAAAUCUAUUUCGUUCUCCCGAUCUCUAAACGGCAGUAUCGUCUCACGGCGUCGGAUAUGGCGGCGCUCGCCGUGAAAGCUAGCGUCGCGAUCGAGAAAGCGGCGGGUAAGAAAAAUCGCCGUCGUAAUCGCGGAAGGAUUUCGCCUGUGAUGAUGCUGAAUCAGCCUAACGAUCGGAUCGUCGCCGUCAAUGGACUUUCAGGCGAAACGACGAUGAUGCAAAAGGGGAAGCUGUCGAAUAAAACGACGCCGUUUAAGACUAGUACAAGCGGUUAUUCCCGGUCUGGUUCGGUACGGAAAUUGAGAAGAUAUGCGUCUGGGAGAGCUAAGCUUGCGGCUAGAUCGAUUAAAAGACUCUCAACCAUCUACGAAGGAACUGUCUCUUAGAUUUCUUAAUAUAUACAGUUCAUUUUUUUGUUGUUGUUACGGAAAUGAUUGUGUAAUGUUACAAAUGAUGAUAAUAACACACUCUCUGUCGUUAAAAAAAAAAAAAA